UUUAUUUACAAAAAUUCGCGAAAGUUAAAUUUGCUUAAAUAACGUUUAAUACAGCAAAAAAAGCAUAUUAAAGCACAUUAUGGCAGACAUUGAAACAAGAGAAUCUAGAGAAACAUCAUUAAAAAAAGAUAAGUUUUCAAGACGAGACAGUAAAGAUGAAAAACAGAGCAAAAGAAAACAUUCAGUUUCGUCUUCAGAUUACUCAUCAGAUAGCUCUGUUGAUAAAAGGAAGUCCUUAAAGUCUCAUGUCCAGAAAGUCGAUACAAAAAACAAAAAGAAACAUAAGAAAAGAUCAUCUUCUUCAUCAUCGAGUAGUAGUAGUGAUUCAGACGAUAAUAAAGUAUCUAAAAAAAGAUACAGUAAUGAUCCAGAUGAAAAGAAAACAUCCAGAAAAGAGAGAUCAAGAUAUAGCAAAAGUCCAGAUAAUAGAAGAUAUAGAUCACGUAGUAAUGAUCGCAGACGAGAUGAUUAUUAUAAGCCACGAUACACAAGUUAUUAUAAUACAGGAAAUUCAACAUCCAGAGACGACGAUCGAAGAAGUGACAAUAGAUCAUCAAGACCACGAAAUGAUGAAGAGCAAUCGAGGCAACCUGAAAAGCCCAAAAAACCCAUUAAUUUAAUGACAAGAACUGGAGGAGCUUACAUACCACCGGCGAAAUUGAGGAUGAUGCAGGCAGAAAUAACAGACAAAUCAUCUGAAGCUUAUCAAAGAAUAUCAUGGGAAGCCCUAAAGAAGUCAAUUCAUGGAUAUAUUAAUAAAGUUAAUGUCGAUAAUAUCGGUGUUGUAACUCGCGAAUUACUUAAAGAAAACAUUGUUCGUGGACGAGGAUUAUUGUGCCGCUCAAUCAUUCAGGCACAGGCAGCUUCACCAACUUUCACGCAUGUUUAUUCAGCUCUUAUGGCUAUCAUCAAUUCUAAGUUUCCUAAUAUUGGUGAAUUACUUUUGCAACGCUUAGUUGUUACAUUUAGAAGAGGAUUCCGACGAAAUGAUAAGACAAUUUGUGUCACAGCCUCUAAAUUCAUAGCACAUCUCGUUAAUCAGAGAGUAGCACACGAAAUUCUUGCAUUAGAAAUCCUCACAUUGCUUGUCGAAACUCCAACUGACGAUUCUGUGGAAGUCGCUAUUGCAUUUCUUAAAGAAUGUGGACAAAAAUUGAGUGAAGUGUCUGGUAAAGGUGUACAUGCUAUUUUUGAAAUGCUUAAGAACAUCCUUCACGAAGGAAAAUUGGAAAAGCGUGUCCAAUACAUGAUAGAAGUUGUUUUUCAAAUACGCAAAGAUGGAUUUAAGGAUCACGUUCCUGUAGCUGAACAAUUGGAAUUAGUUGAAGAAGACGACCAAUUUACACAUCUUAUUAUGCUCGAGGAUGCAACCGAGACACAAGACAUUCUGAAUGUCUUCAAGUUUGAUCCUGAAUAUCAGACAAAUGAAGAUAAAUACAAUGCACUGUGUAAGGAGCUUUUAGGGAGUGAUAGCGAAUCAAGCAGUGAAGGAGAUGCAGGAAGUUCAAGUGGCUCAGAUAGUGACGAUGAAGAGGAAGAAAAGAAGAAAAUGGAAAUUAUUGAUAGCACAGAAACAAAUUUGGUGGCAUUAAGACGUACAAUCUAUUUGACAAUCCAUUCGAGUUUAGACUUUGAGGAAUGUGCUCACAAAUUGAUGAGAAUGGAAUUAAAACCUGGACAAGAAGGCGAAUUGUGUCACAUGUUUUUGGAUUGUUGUGCUGAACAACGUACAUACGAGAAGUUUUAUGGAUUAUUAGCACAACGUUUUUGUACAAUUAAUAAGGCUUACAUUGAAAAGUUUGAAGAAAUAUUCAGGCAUGUGUUUGAGACAACACAUCGAUUGGAUACAAAUCGUCUGAGAAAUGUUGCAAAGUUCUUUUCUCACCUCCUUCACUCUGAUUCUAUUGGAUGGAAUGCAUUAGAUUGCAUAAAAUUGAAUGAAGAUGAUACAACGAGCUCAAGUCGUGUUUUCAUUAAAAUCCUGUUCCAAGAGCUAGCAGAAUUCAUGGGAAUUAAGAAGUUAAAUGCACGUCUACAAGAUACAACACUUCAAGAAUAUUUUGCUGGAAUUUUCCCGAAAGAAAAUCCACGUGACAGCCGAUUCUCCAUUAACUUCUUCACAUCAAUUGGAUUAGGAGGUCUUACUGAUGAUCUUCGUGAUCAUCUUAAACGUCUAUCGAAGAAAAAGUAAAUUAUAAGUAAUAAAUUGAAUAAACUGAUGAAUG